UCUCUCUCUCUCUCUCUCUCUCUCUCUCUCUCCCUCUCUCUCUCUCUCUAAUCUGUUUUGGUUGACGAAUUUUCGUUUUGGUUUGGAAUUUUGUUCUCACCUUCGGUAAUCCAAUACCAGAAGUUUCUGUAGCUUGCAUAUUCUUCUCUCAUGGAGGAUCGCAAGGAGAAGAACGCUCCCUGGCUAUCAGUGCCUCAGUUUGGGGACUGGGACCAGAAAGGUCAAGUGCCAGACUACUCUGUGGAUUUCUCGAAAAUCAGGGAAAUGAGGAAGCAAAACAAGAGGGACGUCUCCAGAGCGAGUCUUGGAAAUGAGGAAGAGCUCAUUGCCCCAACAACCACCAGUACAAACACCGCCCACAGUGAUGACCACCAACCCCAUUACCAUGAGAACCACCACUCUCCAUCUACGAGACGGAGCUUUUUCAGCUACUUCAACUGUUGUGUGAAAGCAUGAAUACAAGCAAACGCGCAGCAACGGAAGAUUUCUUUCCCGUUGUAUGUUAUUGGUUUUUUUUUUUUUUUCUUUUCAAAUUUUAAACUUUUUUAACUAUUAUCUGUAAUUUUACCUCCUCAAUUUCCAACGUCUUUUAUGAGCUAGGGAUAGAUUUGGAAAUGUUCUAAUGGAUUCUCUGAGUAGUGAUUUUUCUUUGCUCAGUUUCUUGGACUCUCGGUGUGUACUUGCUGACGUUAUUAUGAUUCAUUCUAAGCAUGAUAUUCUGGUAUAACCUGUAAAUUGCUUUCAACUCUGAACAGAAACAAGUGAAUAUGAGAUGUUGCUAUUAUUCGA